GGAGGUCACCCAGCCCUCCACCCUGCAGAGGCUGGGAGCAUCUCUAGGUGCUCUGGAGUUCAGGACACAAUAGGUCCUGCGGGUGAUCCAGUGCUCAGAAGUGUCCUAGGGAGGAAAGAGAGGUGGAACCCGAGGUUGCGGCUGCGCAGGGCUGGUUGCGCCAUGGAACACCGGGCUCAGCGCUCUUCUGCUCCGGACACAACCACUCAGUGGCUCAGGAUGCCGAGAUGUCUGCACUCCGAGACUGCACAGUUGUGACAGAGAGAUGACUUGAGGGGACAGCUUUUACCUCCACAACAAUGUCUAUGAACAGUUCCAAGCAGCCAGUGUCUCCUGCAGCUGGACUCAUCGCAAACACAACCUGCCAGACGGAGAACCGGCUUUCAGUAUUUUUUUCUAUCAUCUUCAUGACAGUGGGGAUCUUAUCGAACAGCCUGGCCAUCGCCAUUCUCAUGAAGGCCUACCAGAGAUUUAGACAGAAGUCAAAGGCUUCCUUCCUGCUUUUGGCUAGUGGCCUGGUGAUCACAGACUUCUUUGGCCACCUUAUCAACGGAGGCAUAGCUGUCUUUGUAUAUGCUUCUGAUAAAGACUGGAUCCGCUUUGAUCAGUCAAACAUCCUGUGCAGUAUUUUUGGAAUCUCCAUGGUCUUUUCUGGCUUGUGCCCACUUUUUCUAGGCAGUGCGAUGGCCAUCGAGAGGUGUAUAGGAGUCACCAAUCCUAUAUUUCACUCUACGAAGAUCACAUCUAAACACGUGAAAAUGAUCCUGAGUGGUGUGUGCAUGUUUGCUGUGUUCGUGGCUGUGCUGCCCAUCCUUGGACACCGAGAUUAUCAAAUCCAAGCGUCCAGAACCUGGUGUUUCUACAACACAGAGCACAUCGAAGACUGGGAAGACAGAUUUUAUCUCCUGUUCUUUUCUUUCCUCGGACUCUUAGCUCUUGGUGUUUCCUUCUCGUGCAAUGCCGUCACGGGAGUCACACUCUUAAGAGUGAAGUUCAGAAGCCAGCAGCAUAGGCAAGGCAGAUCUCACCACCUGGAGAUGAUCAUUCAGCUCCUGGCCAUAAUGUGCGUCUCCUGCGUCUGCUGGAGUCCCUUUCUGGUAACAAUGGCCAACAUUGCAAUAAAUGGAAAUAAUUCCCCAGUGACCUGUGAAACGACACUUUUUGCUCUCCGCAUGGCAACGUGGAAUCAGAUCUUAGAUCCCUGGGUCUAUAUUCUGCUACGGAAGGCUGUCCUUAGGAACCUGUAUAAACUUGCCAGUCGUUGCUGUGGAGUUAACAUCAUCAGCUUGCAUAUCUGGGAACUCAGCUCCAUCAAGAAUUCCUUAAAGGUUGCUGCUAUUUCUGAGUCACCAGCUGCAGAGAAGGAGAGCCAGCAAGCAUCGAGUGAAGCUGGACUGUAAAUCAAUGCAGUAUUAGAAGAAAGUCACGGAAACUUCUGAAACAUCUCAGUUGAUCCGACUCAUCGUGUAACUGGAACAUUUGGACCUCUGUGUAGUUUGGGAGAACACUGGUCAGACACACCUUCUGACUUUUGUUAAGCUGACUGCUGCAUGGUUGUGUAUUUCAUUUGUUUGUGUCAACAGGAGAUAGACAGAUACAAUGUGGUGUCCUUGAGUAGAACACACAUUUGAGUUUAAUCUGUGUGGCUUACGUUCUUGGAAUAAAUGAAUCUGUUGAGGCCUAGUGCCUUUAUUUGACCUAUUUUUCCAAGCACCUUAUGCUACUUGCACUGUGACAUGGCAUUUGAGGAUCCCUGACUUACAGACAAAGCUUAAAAUGACACAAGUCAUUUUUUCUGUUUGCGUGUGCGGUUCUGCUCUGUUUACCAGUCCAUGUGUCCUCAAUCAAUAUCUGCAUGACCAUGACAUCUGAGACUCACGGUGACUUUGAUGGCCACUGUGUAGGUUGGCCAGCCUGAUAUUGUGAGGCUGAUGAGGAUAAUCAUUCUUGUCACAACUGACAGGUAUGAGUGCUUGCAUUUGUUGUUAUGAAGGUUAAUUAUUUUUCCAUAUUUGUUAUCCUCCUAUAAAGUCAUAGGUUUUCAGUGUCUAAGUAAUCUCCAGUUCCUCUGAAAAUUGUAGAGAAAUGCCGGCUUUGUCUUAGCACAGAUUCAGCUCAUGACAGCCUAUCAUGAGCCCUAUUAUAGACGAUAGAAACAUUGGAAACCCACUUACACAUGCCAAGAACAUGGCAAACGUUGCUUUAUCUGAGUUGUCCUUUCUGUGUCAGAGAAUAAAAGAAAAACAAUCAAGACACAUUUGAAGUCUGUUUGCAGCUAUUCUGUUUCUGCCUUACACACACACACACAGACAGAAGGAAGUUCUGUUAACAGCAAUUUCACUAAAUAAGUUGAACCACACUUCCAAAAGCCUGUGUUGUCAGUGAGGAGUGGAAAGAUCUAGAAUUAGCCAGGAGUUUGGCCCCACUGUUGCAGUUAACCUGAGGCUAAGAUUCUGUUGCCAAGUUUCCCAAUCUUAAUUCACACUUCUCCUUUGUUUUUAUAAUUUAACACAAAGAUACUCAAUUUCAGUAAUCAUUCUAAACAUUAGGUUCAGCACUGAUUAGGGUUAGUGAUUAUGUUUUAUAUGGAAAUGUAUUUUCAUAUUUAAAAUGUUUCCUUGCUUCCAUCAAGUUUGGCUUCAUUUAAAGACUAUUACUAGUUUUUGCAGUGUGUAUGGAUGUUUUACCUGAAUGCAUUUCUGUGCAUCAUGUGCAUCAUCCCGAAACCAUGUGAAUUCAAUAGACUUAAAAUAGUAUCUUCAACAUGAUUUCUCUGUCAAGAGAUCACAUCCAAAGACCUUCUAGGUCUAUAAGAUCCGGCUGGAAUGCAGACAUGCCUGGACCUGGCUAUAAUAUAGAUACACCCUUAGUACACACAUUUAAUUCCUAACAAUGAAGAUAAAGUUAGUUUGUAGAAGGAAGUAGUCACUUUUGAAAGCAAUGUCCAAUUGAGGGGCAGAUGGAGUGAUGAAUCAGAGAAAGUUUUGACCGAAUGAGUUAGAGAAAGGAUAUGCCUAACUCACAUGGGAAUAGCACAGGAAAGAGAGGAUACUGAGGAGCAGAGUAGAGAGGGAGAGAGGAGAGAGGAGAGAGAGAGAGAGAGAGAGAGAGAGAGAGAGAGAGAGAGAGAGAGAGAGAGAGAGAGAAAGGGGCUCUGGUGUGUGUUUGUGUUUAUGGCAAUUUUAGUUUUCCCAGGACAGUUUUACAUAGAUCAGCUGCAGAGAGAACAAGAUGGGUGCAGGUGAAGACAGAGUGAACCAAAGAAUGGGAAGAAUCCAGAAGAGCAGAGCUUAUUGACAAAGUUAGUAUGAGGCCAAGCAAGCAAUCAGGCAGAAGUGGAGAGAAGCCAGAUUGAAUCGGUUAGUUUGGAAGAUUAGAUUGUUUGGAGAGUAGAAGCUUUUAGGCCUAGGCCUAGGGGUAAGUAGAACAGAGAAAAAAAUGCUCUGAGCUCAGCCUAAGCUGUGUAUUUACACAGCUAGAGUAUGGCUUUCAUCUCAUCUCUUUGUCUGAGGAAAUGAGAGCACCAUUUUCAAGCAGCUGCCGUUCUUAACUGCUGAGCCAUCACUCCAGCCUUUCAAAAUUGUUUUUAUCUAUAAAAAUGACUUCAGAUUCUAGGACUCAAAAUACUAUCUUCAAAAACUUUUGCUUUUGAUUGGUAGUUUACACUAGAUAUGAUUACUGCUUUUGGUAAAUUCUCCUAAGUAAAUUGAAAGAAAUUAAGCUAAUAGCUUAAUUUGUUUAAGUCUUGUUGAAGACUUAAAGGAAAUUAUUUAUAGUGAUUCGAAAGGAAUACACACUAUUAUGUGAUAAUCUUAAGACAAGUGAUCAAUCGCACAACUGAUUCCUAUGUAGAGAAUAUAUCAGAGAAUAGACAAUGAUUUUUGGUGUAACUUGAGCACGGAGUUGUAAAGAGCAUGCACAAUUUAAAUUUAAGCUGACAGCUACAUGCUGGUUUUUGUGAUGUACAUAUGUAUACAUAUAUGUAUGUGUGUUCCUGUGUGCAUGCAUGUGAGUGUUUAUGAAUAUGUGUGUAUAUGUAUGUGCAUGUACAUGUAGAAUGCAUAUGAUUGUAAAAAGGCAUUACAAUUUAUGAUUACUGUUGCAUUACAUAAGUGUUAUCAUCUUUCAUUUCAAGAGUACUCAAAGCUUGGACAAACUUUCCGACAGUUCACUUACUUUCUGAGCAGAUUUAUUUUCUACAGAAAUAAGAUGUUGGCAUCUUAAAAACAGAGGCAUGAAGAACCAAGUCUCUGUCUUCCCUAAUUAUAGUUGGUAAAACUCUGCAGUUAACAUGACCAUGCAUUUCAACUGAGGAAAGGCACUGAGAAGGGACUUGUUUCGAGGCUCCAGGGCUCUUUAUUGUGAGCCUCUGAUAUGGACACAAUUGUUCCUCUACUGCUGUGAUGUCUACAAU